UUUUUGAAAUUUUUUUAGGAAUGGUUUAUACUCCAAGUUACAUGCUUUGUAACAAAUGAUUUUCAUAACUUUAUUUAAAAGGUUCAAACAUUGCGAGAAAAGUGCAAGAGAGCCCAGAAAAGGGCAUCACAGUUAUUCCUCAAAAUACUAAAAACUUUAAAAUGAAUCAGCCAGAAAAAGAAGCCAACAAAAAUGAUGAUUUUGAACUUAACUUAUUAUCUACAUCAGAAACUGUGGAAAUUUCUCCAAGUAUUGAAAGCACAGUUGCUAACAUUAUAGAAGAUUUAAAAAUAACUGAUCAAACUGAAAAUGAUUCUGUGGUAUUAGAAAGUGAUUUUGAUGAAAAAGGAAUUCCAAUAUUUCCAAAUGAUUUACUUGUAAAACUUGACGAGAUGGUAAAUAAAACAAAAUGGAUAAUUCCAGUUUUACCAAAAGCUGAGCUUGAGUCUUUGAUGAAUGCUGCAAUUAAGUUGUCUAAAAAAGGGCUAGACACUAAAAGUGAAGCAUGUCAAAGAUUUUUCAGUGAAGGAAUGACAAUAUCUUUUACAAAGGUUUUAAUGGAUGAUGCAGUCAGCACUUGGAAGUUUGAAAUUCAUAAAUGCAUAUUAAAAAAUACAGAAAAACUUAUUGAGUUGUGUGUUGUCAAACUUGAGCAAGAUUGGUUUCCAUUGCUUGAUCUAUUGGCUAUUGCUUUGAACCCUAAUUCAAAAUUUCACUUGUUUAACUCUGCUCGUAAUCAUGAAUUUACACCAAGUCAUGGAUGGUUUGCACGAUGUAAUGACUGUCGCCAACCUAAGGGUUGGUUAGUGGACUUGGUAAAUCAGUUUGGUGACUUAGGAGGUUUUCACAAACUUCAACACAGAAUCUGUGACAUGGGUGGUCUUAAUGCUCAAAUUGUUUGUGCUUUAAUCAAACCAUUUGGUUUAUGUGCUGAAGUUUUAACUGAACACACUGUGGAACAAUUUUUAUUACCUGUUGUUAAAAGCAUUAAAAACUUCUUAGAUUCAAUAACAGAUGAAAUUUUAAAAAAAGAAUCAAAAAAUGAAGCAAAAAAUGAAGCUAUUUCUGUCAUUAUCAAGAGUAUGAAAUUGAUUGUUAGUUGUUUACCUGGUCAAGAGGAGCUAUGUAAGCAAUUUGAGGAGCUACGCCUAUUAAUGAUUCUUAGAUUACUCCAAGUUUCGCCAUUUAAUGGGAAAAUGAAUGCGUUGAAUGAAAUAAAUCGUGUUAUAAGCAGUGUCUCCUACUACAGUAAUCAUAGACACAACAAUUAUGAAGAAGAUGAAUACCUCACAAAUGAUAUGGUAGCAAAGUGGUUGCAAGAAAAUAAUGUUUUAGUUAUAGUCUUAAAAGAUAAUCUUCACCAACCUCAGUAUGUGGAAAAAUUGGAAAAAAUCAUACGUUUCACUAUAAAAUCGAAAACGCUGACUGUUAAAGAUCUAGAUACAAUAUGGAUGGCACAAUUAGGUAAACAUGAAGCUAUCGUUAAAAAUGUCCACGACUUGUUAGCAAAACUUGCUUGGGAUUUUUCUGCAGAACAACUUGAUCAUUUAUUUUCGAGGUUCCAGGCUGGUUGGAAUUCAGCUAAUAAAAAACAACAAGAAAAGUUGCUUGAACUGAUCAGAAGACUUGCUGAAGAUGACAAAGAAGGAGUGAUUGCUCACAAAGUUCUUAAUUUGUUAUGGCAACUUGCGCAUAGUGAUGAUUUGCCUACUGAUAUAAUGGACCAAGCUCUGAAUGCUCACAUAAAAAUUCUUGAUUAUAGUUGUUCUCAAACUCAAGAUCGAGAUAAUUUAAAGAUACAUUGGAUUGACUUGUGUGUGGAAGAAAUAAAAGUAGGUUCUUGGGUCAUUCCAGCCUUAAAGCAGAUUCGGGCUAUUUGUGAAUUAUUUUAUGAGAAUGGCAAUCAGGUAUCAAAUCACCACAUAUUAUAUCGCAAUACAGUUGUGGAGAGUAUUCAAAAUAAACAUGCUAUUGUUAGUCUAGUUGCUGAAAAUCUUACGAAGUAUAUGUCUAAAAUACGUAAUCUUUAUCAAAAUGAUACAUCUAUUAUUCCUGAAGAGCUUUUACCUGAUAGAAGAUAUCCACAUGUUCGCCAGAUUCAAGAACGUCUUGACUUUCUUAGAUUUAUAUUAAAUGAUGGAAAGAUGUGGUUGUGCCAACCUCAAGCCGAGCAGAUCUGGGUUUGUCUAGCAAUUAAUUCUGUUUUUCCUGUGGAUCAAGAUAUUUGUUUUAAAUGGUUUUCUGUGGUAAUGGGAGAUGAUCCAGAUUUAGACCCAGAUAUAACUAGGCAAUUCUUUGAAAAUAAUGUCCUGAAAACUGAUCCUACCAUGCUGAAUGAACAUGGGUUGAAAUGUUUUGAGCGUUUUUUCAAGUUUGUAAAUUUGAAAGAAGGUUACCUUCAAAAAAAAAGAAAUGGCGCAUUUGUUCUUGAGCAUACACAGUUGAUUGGUUAUGACUAUCUAUGGAAGGUUAUUACUCAAGCUUCCGUGGAUAUAGUUACUCAAGCAAUAGAAGUACUUCGAGAAAUUUACACAAAUAUAGGCUCGCAGUUAAAGCAGAGUGAAAUCCAUUCAAUGUUUAUUAAAACUUGUAGUGAUCGCAUACAUCCAUGUGAAGAAAUAAUGUGCAACACUGAUUAUAAUACUCCAACUGGAAAAGCUACUAUGCUUGAGCAAGCUCGCAAAGUAACUGCAUGCUUGCGAGCCCUUAAAGUUUAUAUUGAGGAGUCUGACAAAAAUUAUUGUAUUGAACGAGCUAUUCCUGCUCAUGAAAGGUCUGCUCGUGGAAAGCAAAUUUGUUUAUAUGUUCGCUUUCCACAACAAAAUCGGCAAAUUGAAGACUUUGAAGUAUGGUCUCAUUCUAAUGAAUCAAUUGCCUCACUUCGAAGAAGGAUAUAUGUUCGUUUAAAAAAUAUAGUUCAAGCAAUAAAGUUAGAUAUUUGUUAUAAUAAUGAUGUUCUCAACCCAACUGAUGAUCGUAAAUUAAUUAGCGAUUUGCCAAUCAAAGAUAGAGGCGUUUUUACAAUAAAAUUAGGUUCGUCAUCCAAUAGUAUUCCAUCUUCUCCUGAUUCAUCUUCAGAUACUUCACCGCCACCUACCCCACUAUGUGGCGAUGGACCUAAUGUUGAAACAGAGCAUUUAUUACCUAGUGUUAUAUUGUCUAGGACAAAGUUUGUUCAGACUUUGUUUACUCUUGGAGAUUUAGCUAUGAAGUUUCAUUUGGAAGAAUUACAAAACAUUGUCCUUAAUUUGUUGAACAUAUGUUCUUCAGAUGUUGAAACAAUCAAUAAUAUAAAAACAUUAUGUCAUAACAGCAUGAUAAAAGGAAUGUCUUCGUUAGACAAACUAUUUUCAAUAGUGACACCAAUACAGGCUCUUUAUAAUCUUGAGAUUAUUUAUGCUUUAUUACUUCCUGCAAUGGAACCAUUAGAAAAUUACCCAAUAAGUUUCCAACAUAGUAUAAUAUUAGCUGGGGGCAUUGACAGCAUUCUAAAUUUGUUUACAAACAAAACUUUUUUGCAUGGAGCAAAUACACUUAUAAAAAGAAUGGCCUACACUGUCUUAUUCAAAAUAUCAAAGUUAUUUUUGACAACUAUUUGCUUUGCACAUAUUACCGUUGUUGCUGAGGCCUUGCACAAGGACUCUGGAAAAGAUAUUGCUGUCUCCAGUGCACAACACAACUAUGCUAUUGUUUUACAACAAGCUACUCAACACAUCCCAAAUACAUACUUUGAAUUUGUUCUAAGAAGUAUAUCUGUCAAGCUAGGACAAGCAUUAGGUUCUAGGGCAACAAAGUACAUGCCUGACAUUAAUUUUGUAAAAGUUGUACAAAAGAUUUGCUGGAGUGCUGCUGCAGGCGAUGUAUCUUUACACCAAACAGAUGUUAUUCACAUUCAUCAGUUUUUUGAAAAACAUGAAGAAUUACAAAAGUGUGCAAGUUUAGAUGAUUCUAAUUUAGCUAAGGAAGCUUUUGAAGUUAUGACCAUUGCUCUAACAUUAUGCCCUCCAAUUCUAGAAACAUUAAUCAGGGAUAACUCCUGGCAUUUAUUUAUUGUUGACACUUUGUUGCUUUGCACAUCCAGCACAAUUCGUUCAACAGCAGCAGAGCAAUGCUUUUUAAUUGCAACUAAAUGCUGCAGUUUAGAAAAACCUUUAAAGUUCUUCAUUCAACUACUUUUCACAGUGAGAGAUACAAAAGCCACAGAGCACUCAGUGCAGUCUCAAGAGUAUUUUAAUUUAUUAUGCAGAUUACUGAACUAUGGUAGAAGUAUUAACUUUCAAUUGCAAAAUGCAACAAAAAUUAUGGAGCAAGAACUUAAAUGGUUGCGUAAUGUCCAGAAUGCCUACUUCAGUGUGGAAUCUUCACAUGAAUCAACAGAUGAUGUUUUACUUGAAGGUCAUCUGGGUAUAAUAAAAGAGUUGUUGCAAUAUCAUUCUAUUCAAAAACGAUAUCAUAUUGGAUGUGAAGAAGGGGGUGAAAAAUUAAUUGAGAGGCUGCUUAAUGACUUUGUUUUCUCCUCCUCAAGAUCUUUGUUGGCAGCCAGAAGAGGAGUUUAUCUGGAUCAAGUUCAUCCGAUGUGUAAGACACAACAAACAAUUGUUGCUGCCCUCGAGCUAUUAAUUUCUCUUGCUUCUAAUUGUGUUCCUAACCUUCGUCUUAUUGCUGAAUAUUUAACUCAAAUUUAUUACUCUGGGUAUGAUAGCCCUAUUACUGAAUGGGAAUAUCAACCUCCAAUAGGUCCUCGUCCUGAAAAUGGUUUUGUUGGAUUAAAAAAUGCUGGUGCUACAUGCUACAUGAAUUCUGUUUUGCAACAGCUUUGCAUGAUACCAGAGAUUGCUAGUGGAGUACUUAGUGUCGAUGUUGGAUAUAAUGAAGAUGAUGACAACCAACACGAAAAAACAGUUUUGAACAUUGACAAUGAUGUUACAUCAUCAAGUAGUGAAAAUAAAGAACUUGUUGAAAAGAAUAAGCAGAAAGAGCGCCAGCAAUAUAAUAAAAAAGUUUUAUGCCAAGUGCAAGCUAUUUUUGGUCAUUUGUAUGGUAGUAAGCUGCAAUAUUACAUUCCUCAUGGUUUUUGGCAAGUUUUUCGUCUUUGGGGAGAACCUGUUAAUUUACGAGAGCAGCAUGAUGCUUAUGAGUUUUUCAAUACACUUGUUGAUAAUAUUGAUGAAGCAUUAAAAGCUCUUGGUCAUAAUACAGUUUGUUCGAACAUUUUAGGAGGAUCAUUUGCAGAUCAAAAAAUUUGUAAACAAUGUCCUCAUAGGUACUCUCGUGAAACCCCAUUUACUGCCAUUAAUGUGGAUGUUCGAAACCAUCAUAAUUUAAUUGACAGUUUAGAACAAUAUGUAAAAGGAGAUUUACUUGAGGGUGCAAAUGCUUACUAUUGUGAACGUUGUGAUAAAAAAGUUGAUACAGUUAAACGAUUGUGUAUACGAAAACUGCCAAAAGUAUUAGCAAUACAGCUCAAACGAUUUGACUAUGACUGGGAAAGAGACUGUGCUGUGAAGUUUAAUGAUUAUUUCGAGUUUCCAAGAGAGUUUGAUUUGGAGCCAUUUACUGUAGAAGGGCUAGCUAAAUUAGAAGGUGAAAUAAUUGAAGAAGAUAUUAUAGAUCAAGCAAAUAAGACUCCAUUUAUUGUGGAUGAUGAAAAAGAAAAAAGUACUAUAUAUAAACUUGUUGGGGUUACUGUUCACAGUGGCCAGGCUAGUGGAGGUCAUUAUUACUCAUAUAUAACCAACAGAUCAAAAUCAAGUGGAAAACAAAGCUGGUAUAAAUUUGAUGAUGGUGAUGUUAGUGAUUGUAACAUGGAUGAUGAAGAGGAGCUUAAAAAUCAAUGCUUUGGUGGUGAAUAUAUGGGAGAAGUUUUUGACCAUAUGAUGAAAAGACGUCAAAAGAGGUGGUGGAAUGCUUAUCUUUUAUUUUACGAACGACUUGAUGUUGCAUCUAAAACCAAUCGUGAAAAUAGUUCUUCCUGUGGCAAGUUAAUAAUGCCUUCAGCUAUAGAAAAAUCAGUUUCACAAGAAAACAUUCAAUUUUUGCAUACAAAAAUGCAGUUUUCUCAAGAGUACUUUCAGUUUAUACGCAAAUUAGUGUUAUCAAGUCUGUCACCACAAGCUCAUUCAUCACCACAUAAACCUAACGACCCAGCCCGUGAUGAGCUACAUUUUAUUUGUCUCCAACUCUUAAGCAAGUUUCUCUUUACUGUAUGCUUUCAUACUAAAAAAAAUAUAAGAGGACCUGCAAAUGAAUGGUAUGAAACUGUUGCAGUAUUAGUUCGCCAAAGUCCUUCUUUGCGAAGAUGGUUUGUUAUAGAGGUUUUAUUAUCCCGGCCAGAUAGAAUUAUUGAGUAUCUUCUUGAAUGUCCUGUUGCAGAGAUUCGCAGUGCUUUUGGGAGAAUAAUAAUUUUACUAGCUCACUUAACUCGUAAUGAUGGUUGCUUUAGUAUUGAAUUGCUUAACAGUCCACUUGAACCUUGGCAAGUUUCUGACUUAGAUGCCACAAAAGCUACAAUAAGUGAUUACUUAAUGCGAACAGUUAUAGAAGUUCUUCAUCGUGAAAGUUCAGAAAACAAUCCUAGACAUCUCCUGCAGUACUUUCAAUUAUUUGUCAUGUAUGCAGGAAUUGGGCCUGCUGAGCGUAAACAACUUUUGGACUUGGGAGUACUUUUAACAUUUAUUCGUCUUGCAUUAGAAGAAGAGUUUAAUAAUUCAGUCAAAUACCAAAAUGUUGAAUCAGCAAAGUUAUAUUCUUUGGUGUCCGUUUUAAUAAGAAGCUGUGAUGUGACUAAAUAUAUGAAUUCUGCAAUAAAAGGAGAGCAAUGUAAGCCUAAUCCAUACUUAGACUCUAUGGCUACCACUCCAAUUAUGGAAAUACCCUCUGAUGUUGAAGGCAUGAUUUACACAAGCAAUUGCAUCAAAAAGUUUUUAGAAGAAAGUAAUAAUUCCGAAGAUACAAUUCAACUAAUUAAGUUUUUGAGUUGGGAAUGUUUGAGUUUUUCUCUUAUUGCGUUAUCAGAGGUUUUAUUCUCAAUUUCAUAUGCUUACACAUAUGAGCUUCGUCCUUUUCUUGAUAUUCUUUUACAUUUGCUACUCAUGAAUGACUCUUGGCAGGAGCAAAGACUCAAAUCAGCUUUUAAUGGAGUAUCAGAUGAUCGUGAAGGACUAUUUGAUACAAUUCAACGAUCAAAAUCACAUAGUCAUAAACGAGGUUACCAAUGUAUCAAAGCUAUUGUCCAACUUAUUCAAAAUUGUGAAUUAGCUCAUCAAAUAUUAAUGAAAUCAGAAGAGUUAAAAGCGAAAUGGAAAAGUGCAAUAAUUUGGUUGGGGGAAGAGUUAGAUAGGCGGGCACCAUCAGCAUACAAUUACAAUAAUUGGAGUCCACCAACUGCAUCUAAUGAAAAUUCAAAUGGAUACUUUUUGGAAAGAUCUCAAAGCGCAAGAUUUACAUAUGCAAAAGCUCGUGAGCUUUUUGAUGAGAGUGAAGAGGAAGAACCUGAAGAUGAAGUUGUUGAACAUCUUCCUAAGCAAUACAAUGAUGAGUUUUCAGAUAAUCAUCGCCCAUUGCGUUACUGUGGAUCUGAGAGUGAUGCCAUUCAAGUUCCAAAAUUAUUAUCAGAUAGUGUAGUACAUUUAGAUAUAUCAAAUGAUGCUUCUUUAAAUGAUGAUGAGUCAGAUAGCUAACAGUGAAAAAUCUAUACAGUUAUUUCUGUAUUCAUUUUGUAACAACUGUUUGUUUUAUAUUAUCUAACUGGUUUGUAGUUUUAUGACAUUCAAAAACAAAUCAGUAAAAAGCACUGAUCGUAGAUUGACGUAGAAAAGACUUGAAAAAGAGAAUCUCGUAUUUAUAUCUAUAUUAUUCUAAAAAAUUUAUUAAACUGUAUAUAAAGCGCUUAAUGAUGAAUUCUCAUUUUUUAUUCCAAAAAUAAGUAAUUUCUUCAUUCAAAUUUUUGUCUAAUAUUCUAUUGCAUUUUGUAAUCUUUGCUGUUGGUUGAAUUUUUUAGUUGUAGCUUUUUAUAAAUUCAGUUGCUUAAAAAAUAAAUAUAAUUGACCAAGUUGUAAAAUUUUCUUAGUUUAUAUUAGUAGAGGAAGAAAUAAAGUAUUAGAAAUCAUAUAUAUAUAUAUAUAUAUAUAUAUAUAUAUAUAUAUAUAUAUAUAUAUAUAUAUAUAUAUAUAUAUAUAUAUAUAUAUAUAUAUAUAUAUAUAUAUAUAUAUAUAUAUAUAUAUAUAUAUAUAUAUAUAUAGUUGAUUAUUUCAAAUGGUUUAUGAGUUUAUCAUGCAGUCAAAGUUUUUUUUCUUUUUUAAACAUAUUUUUAAAAAAUUCUUAGAGUUUAAAAGAAGUAAUCUGUUAUC